UGAGUGUUUAGUUAAAGUGUAGACUCUGACGUGGUAACACGCACGUCGUGCGAUCGUGCACUGUGUUCCUUCCUCGCAGAAUCUCGUGGAUUAUAUACUGUAUUCUUCAAGUGACAUUCCGAGUGGUGACUGAACUUUUUACUCAAAGCUUCUAGUGAAGCUGAUGCAGAUGGCGACGCACCCUGACAUCCUGCGGCUCCUGCCGGAGUCUUGGAUCACGCCGCCACAACACUUAACCUCAUCCGUGCCCCUCGACAUGUGGGGGAGGUUCGAUAUUGAGAAUGAUCGCGCCUUGGCCGUAAUGGACCACAACAUGACCUUCCCUACGGACAUCGGGGACUUCAUUCCGGGAGAGAGCAAGACACCCCAUCACAUGGGUGCACCGCCGACACCACCACACUCCCCUCCCACAGAGCACGACCUCGACGACUUGGUAGCCUCUAUACCAGAAAUUCUAGAGUCCCCUUCGGCUACCCCUCCAUCCGAUAUCAGUGACAUUCUGUCUGAUCUGGAAGGUAUGGAAAUGACUCCCAUGUUUCGGGCGCCUGGGUACUCUUGGUGGGCACCAGUGGCGCCCCCAGUGCCCGAAGUAUCGCUCAAGCGCGACAUAAUGUGGGGCGGUGGCACUUGUUGCCAGGCCUUGUUGGAGCCACCCAUCAAAAAAGAACGACAAGAGUCCGAGUGUUCGGCGGACGCGGCGCUCAGGGACGCCCUCAAACAGGAAGAUAUCUCUGAAGACGACGACGACUUUGAAGACAACCUCCCUGAUACGCCCUCCGGCACCGACAGCGACUGUGACGCUGACGACCACAUGAGCGAGACUUCCAGUAAUAGCGGCAGCCCGAGAAGUACAAAUAGUGCGUCGCGGUAUAGUACCAGCAGUACCGUGUUCAGGAACAGUAGCUGUACCCCCUACGUGACCCCAUCAGUGAACUUUGAACACGAUUACUGUGGCAGAGUGCCCGAGCCUGAUGCCCACAGCAUGGCAGGCAUCCUCACCCCCUCAGACACUGAAGACGAGGUUGAUGUAGUAACGUGUAGCGACCCCAAUGAAACUGCGACUACCACCACCAUCUCUCUGGGAAACUACACCAUCUACUCCCCCAGCUCUUCCUCCUCAUCUCCAGUAAACUCCACCACACCAACCUCUGCCCCCUCCUGCCUUCAAGUCCCGUCCAAACGCUCAGUAGAUGUCAAACGACAACUCCAACUGGCCAUCCAGGAGGCCAUGAGGAAUCGGCACAAUCGUGUUCCUGGUUCAACGUCUCCCGAAAGUGAUGAAGUAGCGAGCAACAGAUUCGUGUCUGUGAAGAUAAAGACACAGGGAAAGCCAGCCGCUUAUACCAAGCGCAUGAGAGACUACCAUACUGAGGUAAUAAAGUCAACGAAGCAUAAACGAAGGAACCGCGUCGAGUCUGAUGAAGGUCGACGGUCUGUACACAAUUCUUUGGAGAGACAGAGAAGAGUAGACCUGCGCAAUGCCUUUGAGUACCUCCGCCAGCUAGUACCUGACACCAAGGUCUUGGAAAAGGCCCCCAAAGUCCAGAUACUGAAGAAAGCAGCACUACACUGCAAACAACUUCACCUUACUGAACAGCGGCUACUCAAAGAGAAGGAAAAAUUGAAAAAACAGUUGGAAGAGCUUCAGCAGCGAAGAUUGCAAAGUAGUUGAGUUGGUGCUGUCCGCCACUCACCUGUACAGAUAGUUGUAAGGCAUAAAUUGUUUAAAAUUGUACAUAUUUAAUAUCAAAGAUAACAAAUAAAGGGAGCACCGAGAGUGAGAGAGAAAGAACCUUUUCAGACUUUGAUAUAAGCAGCCUUUAUGUAUAUGUGUGAUAUUUUGAGUGCCUAUUUGUUUCUCGUGCUGCACUAGAAAAUGUGAAAGGUCAGUUCCUUGUUGACUCUUAAGGUUGUCACAUUGUUUCAGUGGCUCGAUGUGAUCUCUUACAUAGCCCAUUAUUAUUAUUAUUAUUAUUAUUACUAUUAUUAUUAUUAAAUCAGAAUAUUUAAACUAAUUAUUAGGAUGUAUAUUGAACCAAAAACUGCAGAGAUUAAUUAGCUUGCCACCAUAUGUAGAAAAGAGAAUCGGUUGUGUAAGAGAUAUUUUAAUUCUUCAGAUAUUUCAGAAUGUUUUUUUUAAUGAGGUUUUUAUUCUAAUAUUAAAAAGUUUGGAUGAACCCUAUUUAAUACUGCAGGUAUCAUACCAAAGCAAGAGUGAGGCUUCUCUGAAAUAAUGGAAAUAAUGUGUAUGUAUCACCUUAAGUUUGAAGAUGAAUCAGUAUAUAACUCAGUUGUAUGUUCCUUAAUAUAUAUAUAUAUAUAUAUAUAUAUAUAUAUAUAUAUAUAUAUAUAUAUAUAUAUAUAUAUAUAUAUAUAUAUAUAUAUAUAUAUAUAUAUGCUAGCCAUGAUCCUAGAAUACAAUGCAAAAAAGCGAUAUUUGUGUGUGACCUGUUUGUAUGUCUGGCUGACAAAGAUUCCUCUCAGAGUUUUGGGGCAAGAUUAUUAAAUUCUUGUCAAAAUAAAAAUAUAUUAAAGAGAUGUUACACAACUUACCUAAAAUUAUUUAUCUUGCUUUGAUGAAUAUCUUAACUUUUUAUUGUUUAAAUUUAACUGUUAUUCAAACCACCAGCAUUUGUAACUUAUAACCAUUUAGUUUGUAAUUACUCAUAUGAAUAUUGCAUGUUAACUGGACACAAAAAGAGCGAGCGAGAUACUCCAACACCCCAAUGGGCUUUGCACUGCCAGACUGAUUGUGGCUGCAAACAAAAAUUUAAACAAGUUUUGCUUUGUUCUGGUGACCAUGACUCUGAGAGUACCUUGUGGUUAUGCCUUCCCCACUCCUUCCCAGUCACACUCCUUGUGCUCUGCAACCUGUGCAGUUGGGUGGGCUCGGGAGUCCAAUUCUUUCCCAGUGUGAAUGGCUUGACUCUCAUCAAUCUGAUUCUCAGAUUUACUCGUGGCAAAUGAAUAAAAGACAAAGUCGUGGUGUACAAACCCACGUGUACUAGAAUUUUAGCAGAGUAGAUAGUGUGCAGGUGACGCUGUUUUUAUGAUUUUGGACGCUAUGUCAGGUUUCAAGAAGGGUGAUUUGUUUCUUAUGAAUAAUAAACUAUUUGAGCUUAAUAACAAAAUCACUGGAUCAUAUCCCAGGCUAGAGAGAAAACAUUUAAGGGUCUUGGUUUCUGAAAGGAGACUCGAGUUCUCAUGCAUUUUGUAUAAGCUAAAGCCUGUACCUGUAUUUAGAUGAUAAAAUUGCUUCUUAGUUAUUGGAACAACUGCUUAUUUUGGGAAAUUGUUGUAAAAUGUCCCUGAUUGAAGCAUAGAUGUUAGUGCCUCGGAAUCCCUAAGUAACGUCACGUGCUGUAUAAUGCUCAAGAAAAUUAGUCGAGGGUUCAAUAUUCGAUUUCAUUAAAAAGUGAAUUUAAUAUAUCGAAUUUUGUAAUGCCAUGGCCAAUUCCUUUUUUUUGAGGCCUUGUUUUAUGUCAAUGAACCCCCUCCUUCUCAUUGCUCAGUUUUGUACUUAAAGUGGUAAAAAUUAAAAAAAGCGCGAGAAAAAGUGUAUCCCUCAUUGAUAGGCAUACAAGCAAAAUCAAAAGUGAAUAAUGUGCAUGCCAACCUAUCACUCACUGCUCAUGAAGCAUCAAUUACUUAACUCUGUUAUGCCAGUACCUCAUUGUAAAAACUGAAGAAUCGCAAUAACUUUUGAUUAGCUUUGUAAGUGGAUAUAUUUUCUUUUUCUCUCACCAUUGUCCCCUCUGAUGAAUGUGACAGAAAUGGUGCGCACAUUCUGGACGAGGAUGUUGCAAUGCAUCUCGUGAUGUUGUAUAUAGAAGAAAACAAGAAAUAAGAGAAAAUAUCCUUUUGUGAUCAUUUCCCUUGUUCCUUGGAGGCCACAAUCAUCAGGGUUAUUCUCCUCCCCCCAUACUGACGUAACAUGCAUACAAGCAGAUUAUAGCGUUGUACAUAGUAGGUCUUUGUACUUUUUACAGAUUUUUUCACAUAUGCUUUGCUAUAUAUAUAUAUUCAACAAUAUGAGCUGAUGUGUGCGGUUCUUAAUGAAAGGCGAAGUCUAUUUUUUCACAUUUUCAUGAUAGAGUUAGCUCAUGUCCUGAGUCACGGUAGUGUACAUAGGUUAACCGAGAGCACAUCAGUUCCAUAUUGGCCAUGUUAUUCCUAGCCACGUGUUUAUAAUGAAUGUACAAAUUUUUGGCUUGUUUUUAUGAUGUAAGUUCAAAAUUAUUAUUAUUAUUAUUAUUAUUAUUGAUAUUAUUAUUGACCUUGUGUCUUGUAUUUUUUCUUUAUAAAUUCUUCAGCUGCAUGUCCCUAGACACUGCAUUAGUUAACAUUUUUUUUUUUAAUACAGUGUAGUUUAGUCUGCUCUGAACUACAUUUUCUGGGAGAAAAUUUUUUCAUGUGAUGUAAGCCAAUGAGGCCAAAAUUGGUAACAAAAAAUAAUUUUUGACUUCAUUUGCCUUUUAUCAAAAUUGUUGAAAUUAUGUUAUAAGAUUUGCCAUUGCUUACCUAUAAGUCCAAAAUGUUAUUCGAUUUAAUUGAAAAAAUUGUUUUUAUGAAGAAAUUUAUUAAUGUACUUUAUUAUUUGAAGUCAUUUAUAUAGCACAGUGUUACAAAUUUAAAUAUACCAACUAUAUACCAUA